CAUAGGGGAGAGGCAGGGACGGGCUAGUCAGCAGCUUGUCUACCCGAGAACACAAGGUCGCCUCGGCGAAAGGCUUUCAGCUUUGCUGCCUGUCUGGCCAUGCCAACGGACCGACACGGGGAUGUAUUAUUAUUUCAACUGGCCUAAAAUGAGCGGUAAUGCAGCGGGUGUGGGAGGUGGGGCUGCUGGGAUACUGCACAGAGCGCCGGGCAGCGGGGGAGGAGGCUGCGGCGAGCUGGUCAACGGUGACGGAACCUGCGCUGCGGUUGCUACCGCCACUACCACAACUCUAGCGCAGUGCUCGGAGAGAGAAACCAGCGUCGCCGAGGCCCAAACGCAUAACGAUCGGAAUAAUCCUCCUUGCUUUCAUGCAGAAAUAGCAGGGGAAAACAACGACGGGCUUGCGGUGAACAAUACGGAUAAUGCAGUGAAGAGGGGGUGUGCGGAUUCGGGAGAAUAUGUGCUAGGUUGCCUCAGUGCAGUUAAUGGACAAGGCGUUCAUCCAAAGGAGGCUGGUAGCAUUAAUAUUGAUCACAAACCCAGCGGCUCCCAGCACGGGGGCGGGCAUAGCAGUUUUAUGGCCGCUGCGUCGAGGAAGACUGGGAACCGACAGCAGCCGGGGAGCGCUGGCGCUGGUAAGAACACGAACGGAGAGUCCAUCUCAGCCGAGAGGGGUGGAAGCUCGUUGACAGCCGCCGCAGAGAACGGCUCUCUGAAGUCGAAUCCGACUGUCACUAAGCGCCGGAGGUGCAGUUUGAGCAGAGCGCCAAAGAGGGUGUGUUUUGCAGGGACAACGACAAUAGCACACUGCGGCAUCUCGGAUUCUGGGGCUCGACGUCCUCGGCAGGGUUGCGCUCCGCUCAGGAACACUGGGGGCAAUAAUGUGUUGUUACUGAAGAGCUGUAACUACUCGGAGACUCCGCAACCCGGACACCGAACACACGCCGCCGAGGCGCACCAUCGGGAGAGCAGCCGUGAGUGUGUGUCCGGCUGUAACAGAUCAGAUAACUCGAUCAGACAAGACUCGAUUUGUCCACCGAGCGCGUUAGCAAACAGCUGUGUUGAUAAUAUUAAUAGCACGGAUGGACGGCCGCCCAGAACUGCAAAAGGCCGUGUGCGAUUGUACAGGGUUCGCUCUUUCGUGGCUACUACGUUGGGAUACAAUAACAGAGGAAGGAGCAGCGUUGCUGUGAACGGGGUCACCGAGCGUGCACAGGGCGGGAGUAAUUACAACCCCUCGCAAAGGUGUCCUUUGCCUGGCCAUAGGGGGCAAGAGCGGCAGUCUGGGCAAGACCUGUCCUGUGCCCGGACGUGCAGCGUCGCUAGCUGUCACACUGUUGGCAAAAGGGGCCCAGAGAGACAUUGUAAUAACAGCGCUCAAAAGAAGGGCAUUCAGGAUCCCAAGGAAAAGACUGUGGAACAAAACGGGACAGAGUUAACUCAAAAUGGAGGCAGCCAGUGGACCUCCUCUACCUGUGGAGACCAGGCUGGAAGCGGGGCUCAGGGCGGUGACGGCGGAGUGCCAGCAGAGACCCCCAGCGCGGAGGCGGUGGAGAUGGGGGCGAGCGAGGUGCGGCAAAGGCAGGGGCAGCUGGAGGAGCGCACCGAGAGACUCUGGCGCCGCCUGCAGGCGGUGCAGGUGAAGCAGAUGGAGCGGCACGUGGUUCAGCAGCUGCGGGGGCUCGCGGGGGCCAUGGGGCGGAGGAAGGAGGGCGCGCGGGCCCGGCUCCAGCAGGCCCUCAGGCCCCCGCACGCUCCCAGCUCGGGGGAGCUCAGCAGGCUGGCCAGGAGCUGCAGCGAGGCCCUCCACACAGCAGAGGGCGCUCUGGACUCAGACCACACUGCCAGCAGCUCAGGGGGGGAGAGCGAGGGUGAGGAGAGAGAUGACGACUCCACCCCAGCCCCAAAAAACCUCAUCAAAGGCAGCACAGAGUGGCGGUGGGCGGAGCAGAGGGCGGGGCUGGGUAGCAGGUGGGUGUGGCUGCAGGCUCAGGUGUCGGAGUUGGAAUACCGGAUCCGCGCCCUUACGGAGCUCUACACUCACCUGAGACAGGGCAAGGGUAGGGGUGUCCUCCAGGCAACAGGAAGCCUGCCUGUCCCAAUAACCCCUCUGCGAGCAUCCCGACCCCCCCAUCCUCCCAACAGCACCCUUUGCAGCUCUGUCGAGCUCCCCCAGAACCCCCUCAGGAAGAAGCAGACGGAGGAGACCCCCCACUGUCCCUCCGACCCCCCCGGUUCCCCUCCGUCAACGGCGCGGGCUCGCCCCCUGCUGAGGCAGCGCCGUCGCAAGCUGAUCCGGCUGGGGGACACGGCGGCGCUCAGAACCAAGGCUGUGAGUGUGCCGUGCUGGUGCGCCCCCCCAGAGGUCUGUGUGCUCUGUGCGGGUAACCCUCCCCGCGGUCCCCUUGACAACAGGUCAUCGCCAUGGGCACGGUGGGCCCAGCUGGAUCUCUGUCUGCACCCGGUCCUGUCCUUCCCCUCCGACAUGCCCUUGGCGCUGCAGUGCAGAGUACCGCCGCGGGGCACCCCUCGCUCCCACAAUGCCAUGCGGUCGGCGGGCAUGCCUCCUCCCUCCCCGUGGCUGGCCAAGCGGGCGCAGGGCUCGCAGAAGCCGGGCAGGCUGAAGAGGAAGCCGCUCUGCGCCCCACCGCCCCACUCCCUCCUGCCCCCGCCCCACACUGCCGACGGCCCGAGCGAGAGGGCCCAGAGAGGCCUGGUCAAUCCGGCCUUCCUCUCCCUGCGGACGGCCUCCGCGGAUCCCCCCUUCCGCUCUGUCACCCCUCCCACAGCUGACGCCCCCGCACAGCCGUUGCGUCGACGACGAGGGGAGAGCUCCUUUGACAUUGACAAUCUGGUGAUGCCUCUGGGCCUGGCGGGGCUGGGGGGCGGAGCCAGAGUACAGAGACUGCAGUACAAAGAGAUCCUCACUCCCAGCUGGAGACAGCUGGACUCUCCCUCUCCGGCCCCUGCUGGUCAGACGGGUCCCGGCUCCGACUCCCCUGGAGAGAAGCAGAGGGCCACUGUGGAGAAGGAGCAGGAGCGUGAGGAGCAGCAGGAGGAAGACGAGGUGGAGGACCUGUCGGACGCUUCCUUCCUGAUUCGCCACGCGCAGUGUGAGCACAGAGAGAGGAGUCGCUGGGGCAGCUGGGCCCAUCGCCGCCGCAGGGGAAGGUCGUCCUAUCGCGGCGAAGGUAAAGUGACCCCCAGAACUCCCGACCAGCCCCCCUCGCCAGAGCCCAGGGCACGCCUGCCGUCGGAGUGCGGGUCCUGGCCCCCCAGUCCGCAGGAGACCCCCAGCACCCCUGGAGCGGCGGUGGUCAAGCUUCCGUUGGAGACACCUGAGUCACCUGAGGGGGAAAAGAGUGCGACAGGUUCAGCCGAUAUCAGUACAACGUUGCCGUGGGAGCGCCGGUCGUUCCCGCUGUCUGAGGAGGAGCUGCGGUGGCUUCAGGAGGAAGAGGAGGAAGACUGCCCCAAGGACCCCAGCUCUACCAGCGCCCGCAGCCAGAGCACCGAUUCAGACGCGCCCAGCCCCGAGCUGAGGGGCAAACGGGUGGAGCGGCCCAGCCUUGUCGGUACCUCAUGA